CACAUAACACUACACUCAAGAACACAGCUUCAUGCCGUACUUUGUACAGUUAUAGUUUACAUUUUACUUCGCAAAUCCGACGUUACCUAUCUAUGUCUCCUACCUUGACGGAUGAAAGCGCCAGGCCCCCCACACCACCACCUUUGCCUCCCCAGUCUAACUAUGGAGUUCAACUGCCCAAGUCCCAUUUCAAAGUUGCAGAAAAGGUGUCCGGGUUCUGGGAGAAAUUUAAGUACGCUCAAGGGGCCUUUAACGACGCUCCAAUUUCAGGAGUGCCUAUAGAUCCACUUGCUCCCAAAACUGGUCCGCACUUUUUUUACGGCACACUCAUGGAUCCUGCCUUGCUGAUGGAGAUUGUCGGUCUUGAAGAGACGCCAACACUCCAACGCGCGACAGUUAUAGGAUACUCGUGCAAACUUUGGGGUCAAUACCCAGCGCUGGUUAAUGGGCCUGAGGGGGGCGUUGUUGAGGGUGCUAUGUACGACGUACAAACUGAGAAACAUGCUGCCAGAUUAGCAGAGUAUGAGACGAAGGCUUACAUGACUGUCCCAUGCGAGAUAAAUCUUGUUGGUAGGGAUGAGCCGGCUAAGGUGUUUGGGACAACUUUUAGAUAUGUUGGUCCAGAUAUAGAUCUCAGUGAAGGGGAAUUUGAUUUGAAGACUUGGCUACGACACAUGGGGAAAGAAUGCGUUGCUGAUGACUUACACAAGGCAAACUAUUCCAAAAAUGGAAAUGUCAUUUCAUAAUGGUAUAUAGUUUAGGUCUAAUUCUGACUGUGCAAGUUAUGAUGACACUAUGGCAGCGAUGUGUUUGGGCAGGACGAAAAUUAUCUCAAGG